CAGUGCAAUUCCAUUCUUUGUUUCAGCAAAUUGUGCGGAGGAAGAUUUGAAGGCCAGGAGACGCUGGAAGAGCUGGUGGAGAGGACAGCAUCACAAGUGGCCUCAUGGACUCCCAGGCAACAACAAAGGGAAUGUUCUCAUCCUUUCCCCAGAUGGGUCCCAUUUCCUUUCCACAAGGUCCAAUAGGAACACCUAUGCCACUUUAUAAAUCGAAAGCAUUCCUGCAGCUCUUCCUGAAAGGGGAGCCCAAAGUGCUGGGGACUGUCCAGAUCAUGAUCGCCCUGAUGAACUUUGCCUUGGGAAUGAUUACCAUUUUUGUUUCUCCGAGAAGUUACACACAUGAAAAUUUUAUGCUUAGCACUGGCUACAUAUUUUGGGGAACAGCAUUUUUCAUUGUUUCUGGCUCCCUCUCCAUUGCUGCAGAGAAUAAAACCACAAAUACUCUGGUCCAAAGUAGCCUAGCAAUGAACACUGUCAGUGCCGUGGCUUCAGGGCUGGGAAUCAUCUUUUUGUCAAUCAACUUGGCAAUGACGGAUUCAUCCUUUUAUUCUUGUUACCAUGAAAAUGCCCAUGAUACCUGUUUUUGCGGUUUGUCUCUGUUGCUGGGAAUCAAUGGGAUUCUGCUGAUCCUAGCAAUUUUGGAACUUGCAUUCUCUCUCACAGUCUCAAGCUUUGGCUGUAAAGCAACUUGUUGUAGUCAGACUGGGGUUACCAUUUUCAUGCCUUCUCCACCCCAAGUACCAGUUACUGAGGCAUAAAGAGGAGAGAGAAUACUUCAAAGUAGAGCUGCUGACACCACAGUAUUACCUGGAACUCAUCCUGACAGUUUCAUAUAACACACAUGCUUCCCUAUUCCUCAGAGAAGGCUCCUUCCAUUACUGGCUGUUUUUCAGUGAAACAAAGAGAAAGUUGUCAAUAUUUCCCUGAAAUUCUUUGUUAACAGUCCCUUUCAUCCUUGGUCAUGCACUGAUCACAUCUACUUCCCCAUUUCCCACCCAGUUCAAUGAAUAUUACAGGAUUUGUUCACAAAAAGUAUCAGCAAAAAUGUAAGGAAAUCUUUUUUCUUUGGCUGCACACCAAGACUAACCUGCCUAAGGCACCUGAUGGAUGCUGGGAAAUAGGGUCACUAGAAGAUAAGAUAAGGGAAGAAAAAGAGAUGGAAAUGGGAGUACCAAACUACUACUCUUCUGUCCUCCAUGAAUGAAGAUUCUCAACCUAUGGAAUUUUCUGCUGCUCCUACCUAUGAUAUUGUGUGUUUUCACCUCCAGUGGCCUGGACUCCAUCAUCUUUGUUCUUUGACCUUUCUGUUUGCUCCUCUAGCAUCCUGAUUGUUGCAGGAAAUACCUCCUCUCUACAUUGCUUCCCUGUCAUUGAGGCAUUUGUAGAGGAACUUAGCCUGAUCUCAAAGUUUCUUCAUCCUUUUCUGACCUCAGAGUUGCUCACAGGAUCACAAAUUCCCUCAUAACUGAUCCCUUCCCUACCACCAAAGUCACCUUUCAGAACUUCCUCCUUUGGAGUUUUAGACUGAGAGUCAGAAGAGCUGUGGAUGAAAACCCUGCCUAUGCUGCUUCAUGUCUAUGAGCCCAUAGCCUAACUUUUCUGAACCUCAAUUUGCUUUCCUGUAAAAUAGGGUUAGCGAUGCCUAUGCUAGAGAUCUCACAAGAAUGUUAUGAGCGUUAUGUGGCAUAGUAUAUUCCAGGUACUUUGUCAGUCUGGGAAUGACAACUGAGUGUCAGUGAGAUGGGGACAUAUAGUGGUGUACUCAGAGUAAGGAAAAUCUGAUUGUACAUCUGACUUCAGGCUCUUACUAGCUGUGUGAACCUGAUCAAAUCACUUAACCUUAUUUAUCUCAGUUUUCUCAAGUGU